GCGGAUUUGAAUCAUGCGGACGAGGACGGACGAACCGCACUGCAUGUGGCCGCAUUCUGUGUUCGGCCGUCGGAGACGCACCACGAAGUUGUCUCCUGCUUGCUCGAGUGUGGCGCCAAUCCCAACAUGUUCGACUGUGAGGGAAUCACACCGUUGCUCGGAGCGGCCCGGGCCGGGAAUCGGACAGUGUGUGAACUGUGUUUGGAGGCGGACACAGAUGUGAACCAAGCGGAUAAGAUUUUGUUGCAUGAUCUGUUCCCGCUGAACAAUACGAAUGUCACUGGUUUGACGACAGGUCCUUCAAAUACCGGAUUUAUGUUUUACUUUAUGUGA